AUGAUAGCUGCCCAACGUGAAAGUGAUUUUGUUAACGCCAGAGACUUUCAAAUUUUUGACGAAUAUUGUGUGGAUGAAGAAUUAGGGGUGGUGUCAAAGGUUUGCUCCAAGUUGGUGUGCAUGACUGACCUAAUUGAACUUCAAAAGUUUCUCAUUGGCUUAAGGCCCAGUGAUACAGUGAAGUUGCACUUGUAUGUCGACUUUACAAGCUGGCGCUUUUGGUUCCUCGACUUGACUCAAUUAACUGAAUCUAUGAUCCAUAUAAAGAGCCGCAUAACCGGUUUCUCAAUGCAAGUGUCUUCUAGGAUUGAUAUAAGAGGGGAAAUUGAUUUAGACCUACUCAGGAACGUGGAAGUUUUGAAAUUAAGUGAGUGCAAAUUCAAGGGUUCAUUUGCAAGCUGCGAAAGACUAAGAGAGCUUUCUUUACAGCCGGUGACAGAGAUAUACGAAUUGCCAGUGUCGUUGAAAAGUCUCCAUAUUGCAGAAUAUAAUUCAAUUGAUUUUAUGUCAAGCGGCUGCACAAAUUUUCCAUCACUCAAACUGUUGUCGCUUACAUGCUCGGGCAAGCCUUUGCCACAAUAUGUGAAAGAGAUUCUAUUGCAAAUGACUUGUCAAGAUACCACAACCAUCAAAUAUGAAUACACUGGUGAUGAAACUGUCGAUGAAUUUCUUCUGUUCGUCUCAGAAGUUGCUGAAAAGAAAGGUUUUAUUUUGAAGUCACUAUCUGUGGUGGGUCCUCUCGCAAAAGCACCACCACAAUACGCUUUAGAAAACCUUGAACUUUGUUACAAUGAGAAUGAACGGUUGACUUCGUUGUUAAAGUUGCCUCCCACUUUGAAAAUAUUGACAAUGAUUGGACAUAACAAUGUCUGCUUCAAUGAGCUCUUAGAUAUGCUUCCAUAUACGUUGGAGAGUCUCAACUUGUCUUCCAAUGUGGGAGGAGUUUGGGAAAAUACAAACACACAUUUCUCGAAGUUCAAAAAGUUAAAGUACCUCAAUUUAAGUUCCAAUUGGAUCCAAAGCAUUGAGAGCUUCACUUUUCCCGAAUCACUCGAAGAAUUGGUAUUGCAAGGUAACUGCAUCACCUCAAUUGACUCAGUUGCAUUUCCAACGAGGUUGAAGACUUUAAAUUUGAAUUUAAAUCAGAUUCAGAAAAUUCUGAACCUUCCAUCUUCGCUAAAAUUGCUUAAUGUCGAGAACAAUUUUAUUGAAUCAAUUCAUAUAUCACAACAUAACCUCGAACAAUUUUUUGCGACUUGCACUGCAACCGAGACUUUUCCGUUUUUAGAGGUGGGAAAUGUGCGAUACUUGAAAUUGACAAACUGUCGCUUUCCACCUAGCCAUUUUCUUAACUUGACUAAACUACAUUUGGAAAAUUGUUAUCAAAUAAAUAAUAUUCAGUUUGGACAGCACUCAAGGUUAGAAGAGCUUCAGUUAUCUUCCAACAACCUUUCCGAAGUGCCACCGCAAAUCUUCCAAUUGAGGAACCUAAGAUAUUUGGGUCUCGGGCAAAAUCAAAUAAAAUGUGCAAUCGUUAGUCUUUCCACCAACUCAUUGGAAGUAUUGGAUCUUUCGUCAAAUGGAAUAGAAGAGUUCCAUUUGUCGUUCCCUGAAGGUGAAAUCAAACUCAAGCAACUCGAUUUGGGCUACAACCAGUUAAGAGAAAUCUCUAUGGAUUCAAUAGGUCAUGUUGAGAAUUUUGGCAGCUUUUGGGAGUUGGAUUUAAUAGGAAAUCCUCUAAGUAAGGACGAGAUUGCCAAAUUAAUUCCACAACUACCUCAAUCUACUCACUGUUUGUGGGCCAAUAGAUUUGGAUCAUUUGUCGAAGGUGAAAGUGGGUACUUGAAUUAUUUAUCUGAAGAGUUCAUUCUGAGCUAA